AUGGCGACCUUCCAGUUGUUGCCGCCUGUGUCGCACAGAACUACUCAAUGGAAGUUCAAUCCCUUCUGGCUGAAUAUCCUAGCUGAUCUGUCAGAUGUAAAGGAUGAUCUAACUGAGUUUUUUGAACGAAACCUUCCCUCUGCCAACGGGUUGACGGUGGAAGAGGCGACGGAUGCUGACGGGAACAAACCGCAGCCGGGGAAAGAUGAAGCCGCGGCGAAGGAGGAAGCGGUGGAGGACCCUGGACAAGAUGAGAGCGACUCCCCUAAUAAAUCAAAAGAGAGCAAUGAAAUGGAUCCUGGUUAUGAAGAGAAAAGGAAAGAAGGCCGCACCAAUAGAUUUGAUUACCUUCUGAAGCAAACCGAGUUGUUUGCUCACUUCAUUCAACCAGCAGCACAGAAGACACCCACAUCUCCAUUAAAAAUGAAGCCUGGUCGUCCUAGGUUGAAGAUAGAUGAGAAGCAGAAUCUGAUAUCUGCAGGAGAUAACCGCCAUCGGAGAACAGAGCAGGAAGAGGAUGAAGAACUUUUAACUGAAAGCUCCAAGACUACUAAUAUUUGCACCAGAUUUGAACAGUCUCCAUCAUAUGUUAAAGGUGGUACGUUAAGAGAUUACCAGGUCAGAGGCUUGAACUGGCUUGUAUCAUUGUACGAGAAUGGCAUUAAUGGCAUACUGGCUGAUGAAAUGGGUCUCGGCAAGACUCUGCAGACAAUUAGUCUUCUUGGGUAUAUGAAACACUACAGGAGCAUUCCUGGACCACAUAUGGUGUUGGUUCCUAAGUCUACCUUGCACAAUUGGAUGGCUGAAUUCAAAAGAUGGGUGCCCUCAAUCCGUGCAAUCUGCCUUAUUGGUGACAAGGAUCAAAGAAUUGACCCCGUCCACCCUCAAGAACUGACGGGAUGCAGCCCCCAGCUCCCUAUGGCGAACUACAAACCCACCUUGGCGCCGAACAAAACGCCCAACUUACUUAUUAAGCUUUGCACUCGCCUUAUUAAUCCGAUCUACCGACCUUGCGAAGCGCCAAACCCUCCGAGCCACCACUUCAGACCACACCACCAACAAACCUGUGAAAUCGUACAACAGCCGCAGCAAAUCCAGCUUAAUGUCCUGGAUCACCUCCCUGGAACAACGAACCCCCAGGUCGUUCCCGCCCACAUGCAACACCAAAACAUCCGGAAGCCUGUCAAACACAAGGAAACCAUAAAAUUCCGGAAGCCCCCUACCCCACAUGAGCCCCCUCAAACCAAUCCACCGCACCUGUAA